ACUCCGCUGCUGUUUUCUGGGUGCAGGCGGGUGGAGCAGCUGGUGUUGUAUAUGAAAGCCACGCAGCUGCUUGCGGCAUCUCUGCAUCUUGCUAAAGCCCAGAUCAAGUCUGGGAAACUGAGCCCAUCCACGGCAGUGAAACAAGUUGUCAAAAAUCUGAAUGAGCGAUAUAAAUUCUGCAUCACCAUGUGCAAGGAACUUACAGAAAAGCUGAAUCGCUUCUUCUCUGACAAGCACAGAUUUAUUGAUGAAAUCAACAGCGUAACUGCAGAGAAACUCAUCUAUAAUUGUGCUGUAGAAAUGGUUCAGUCUGCAGCCCUGGAUGAGAUGUUCCAGCAAACUGAAGAUAUUGUUUAUCGCUAUCACAAGGCAGCCCUUCUCUUGGAAGGUCUAACUAAGAUUCUACAGGACCCUGCAGAUAUUGAAAAUGUACAUAAAUAUAAAUCUAGUAUUGAAAGAAGAUUGUCAGCACUCUGCUAUAGCACUGCGACCGUGUGAGGACAGCAGGCUUGUCCUGUGGACCAGUGGUGGGAACGUGAAGUGACAACAUUUGGGAUUACAGCUUGGGUUCUGUCACCAUCCCCAGGAAACUGUAGAUUCUCAACUGGUGACUACCAAAGAACAAGCAGCGAUUUCAAAAAGGAAAAACAGUCGCAAAACUACAUAUUUGUAGGAAAUCUGCCUUAUUGGGGAAAUCACCUUUUCCUUUCUCUUUGUAGAAG